AUGCCGGUGCGCGGCAAGCAGCACCGGGAGCGCGACCCCGAGCUGUGGUACCGCAAUCGCUGCCUCGACAUAAAGUACCUCGGGGUGCCGGGCAUCGUCAACUUCAUUGACGCGCGGACCCAGUGGAUCGAUGACGGCAUGAAGAAGGCCCUGGAUGACGGCAUCAAGCAGGUGGUCAUCAUUGCGGCGGGUUACGACACGCGCGCGUACCGCCUAGCGCGCCCGGGCGUGAAGUUCUACGAGAUCGACCUGCCGCACGCCAGCCAGAAGAAGCGCGAGUUGGUAGAGAAGCUGCUGCCAAAGGAGCAGAGACGCCUUCGCCGGGCCAGCGGCCUCGCGGCCGGCCGGCUCGCGGCCGGGCCGCGGCGGCGGGUCGCACCAGCGCGCCGCAGCCCGUCUCAAAAAAGUCCUCAG